UCCCCAGGCUGUUUAGCAUCGAGCAGGUGCCCCAGAGCUCGCCCCCUCUCCCACAGCCCCUGACAUCUGGGGCUCACUGGCUCAGACAGACAACAUCUAUGUUAUACAACCGCAAAGGCAUCUGAACACCGGGCUGUGGGCCCCAGGCAGAGGGGGCAACAUUCAUGCCGGGAGUGAAUGAGCUGGGAAUGCCAAGGCAGGCUGGGUUCCCUCCUCUGGCUGGCUGGAGACAGACUGCUCGGAGGACAGCAGGCUACAAAAGCUCCUCGAAGGGAAGAAGAGAGGUGUUCCAUGAGCAGGGCAUUCUCUUCGGCUACCGACACCCGCAGAGUUCUGCCACUGCCUGCAUCCUCAGCCUCUUCCAAAUGAACAAUGAGACGCUCAACAUCUGGACUCACUUGCUGCCCUUCUGGUUCUUCAUGUGGAGGUUUGUGACCAUGCUGUGGAUGACAGACAUCCAGAAUGACAGCUACUCGUGGCCCGUGCUCGUGUACAUGUGCACCAGCUGCGUGUACCCGCUGGCAUCCAGCUGUGCCCACACCUUCAGCUCCAUGUCCAAGAACGCCCGGCACAUCUGCUACUUCCUAGACUACGGUGCUGUCAACCUUUUCAGCCUGGGCUCAGCCAUUGCAUACUCGGCCUACACGUUCCCGGACGGGCUGGUCCGCACCACCUUCCAUGAGUACUACGUGGCCUUGGCUGUGCUGAACACCAUCCUGAGCACCGGCCUUUCCUGCUACUCCAGGUUCCUUGAGAUCCAGAAGCCCCGGCUCUGCAAGCUACUUCGCAUCCUGGCCUUUGCAUUUCCCUAUACCUGGGACUCCCUCCCCAUCCUCUACCGGCUCUUCCUGUUCCCGGGGGAGAGUGCCCAGAAUGAAGCUGUCUUGUACCACCAGAAGCACAUGCUCAUGACUCUCCUGGCCUCUUUCUUCUAUUCUGCACACCUGCCAGAGCGCCUGGCCCCAGGUCGCUUUGACUACAUUGGACACAGUCACCAGCUGUUUCACGUGUGUGCAAUCCUGGCCACACACAUGCAGAUGGAAGCCAUCCUGCUGGACAAGAACCUAAGGAAGGAGUGGCUCCUGGCUUCCUCCAGGCCUCUCUCCUUCCCACAGAUAGCUGGAGCUCUGCUUCUGUGUGUCAUCUUCUGCCUCAGCAACAUAAUUUAUUUCUCAGCUGCUCUGUAUCGGAAUCCCGAGCCAGAAUUACAUACAAAAGAAACAUGAUUCAGCCGUAUGCUAUCUAUGGCAUGCACCACCGUGAACUGGCAACACCCCAGCCACCAAAAACUGUGCCUUACAAUGGCAAAAAUGUGGUCCUUGUGA